AAGAAAUUAUCACUUUCUUUCAAUUUUGUGUUAAAGAGGAUUUUUUAUUAUGCAGAUAACAAUAAAAGAAAAAUAAAUAAAUAUAGUAAUUAAAGUUAAGAAAAGAAAAUGAAUAAAAUCAUUACUUCUGUUUUGCUUUUAGGCCUCUUCGCCUUCUCUUCCUAUAUGGUUGCUAACAAAUCUUCUAGCACCACUCUCCUCCGCUCAAGCAAUAAUGACUUGGCUGAAAUGUACGCUGAAUUCAAGCUUGAACACAACAUCGUUUUCUAAAAUUCUGAAGAAGAUCUUUACAGACAAAACAUUUUCUUCUAAAACGUUCGUUACAUCCAAUCUGAAAAUGCCAAGAACAACACUUUCAAACUUGCAAUCAAUAUUAUGGCUAUCCUUACUGAUGAAGAAUACUCUUCAUUAUACUUAAACUUAGAUCAAUAAGAAUCAAUUGAUAUUUUUGACUCUUUGGUCGAUGAUAACGAAACUGUUGGUGAUAUUCCCUCUGAAGUUAAUUGGACUGCUCAAGGUGCUGUUACUCCUGUUAAAAACCAAGGUUCCUGCGGUUCUUGCUGGGCUUUCUCCACUACUGGUGCUUUAGAAGGUUCUUACUUCUUAAAGAACAACUAAUUGAUUUCAUUCUCUGAAUAACAACUUGUUGAUUGUUCCAGACUCUACUUAAAUAUGGGUUGCAACGGUGGUUUAAUGCCUAGAGCUUUCAGAUACGUUAAGGCUCACGGUAUCACUACUGAAGAAGAAUAUCCCUACACUGCUAAGGAUGGUAAGUGCUAAACUAAGUAAGGUUAAUACAAAAUCAAGAGCUUCUCCACUGUUCCUAGAGGAAACUGUGAUAAGUUAGCUGCUGCUAUUGCUUAAUAACCCGUCUCAGUUGGUGUUGAUGCUACUAACUUCAAGUUCUACACUUCUGGUGUCUUUGAUAACUGCAAGAAGAAACUCAAUCACGGUGUUUUGGCCACUGGUUACACUGCUGAUUACUGGAUUAUCAAGAACUCCUGGGGUACUGCUUGGGGUUAGAACGGUUACAUUAACCUUAAGAGAGGAAACACUUGUGGUGUUUGUAACACUGCUUCUUAUCCUCAUUUCUGA